AUGGGAGUCACAGAACGUAAAACAGUUGAACUUCAACAAAAAGUGGUCAAAUUUCAAUUGAGGAGAAAAUAUUUGUAUUUCACGUUUUUUGUAUCAAUUUUUAUGACAUGUUUAUAUGUUACUAUACCUCUACCAUCCGAAUCAGAAAUAAUUGUAAAAUGUUCCAAAGUAAAAACUGUUGAAUUGUAUUUUUUCAAUGAAAGGAAAAAUUUGACCAAAGACGUUGAUGUUACGAAAUUGCCACUUUUCCCAAAAGAAGAUCCUAUAAGCGAUCGGAUAGUAAAUCAACUUUUGUAUAUGCCGCCCAAUUAUGAGAAUUAUGCCAAAAAUCUUUCUCUUGAAAAGUACAAGAAGAUCAGUAUAGUUGAACCAGAACGUUGGGGAGCGUUCGAAAAAGGAUUUUAUAAGCUUGGAACUGAAAUGUUCAAGUCUUGUCCUGUUUUUACAUGUACAGUAGAUAACAAAGACACGUCUGAAGCUGAUCUUGUUUUGUUCAAAACUCACAAAUCUGAGCCAAAAAAGCAUCCAAAUCAAUUGCGUUUACUUUUUGAGCUUGAAGGUCCUCCCUUUAUACAAAAUACGAAUUAUGUAACAGAAAUUGUCGGAGAGUAUGAAUGGGUCUCAACAUAUAGACAUGAUAGCGAUAUUCCAGUACCUUAUGGAAAAUGGAUGUACUUUGACGAUCGCGUCAGGCAACUUGAGCAAACGGAGAAUUUCGCAGCAGGAAAAACGAAGAAAAUCGCCUGGUUCGUUUCCAAUUGUCAUCCGUACAAUAAACGAAUGGAAAUAGCAAAAGAGCUGCGAAAGUAUUUGCCUGUAGAUAUCUUCGGGAAAUGCAGUGAUCAAAAUCAAACUUGUCCCAGAGGCGAAUCUUGUGACAAAAUGCUCGAAAGUGACUACAAAUUCUACUUGGCUUUCGAAAAUGCAGAUUGUGGCGAUUAUAUUACCGAAAAAACUUUCAAGUCAUUGAAAUACAAAGUUCUACCGAUCGUGAUGGGUGCUCGUCCUGAGGAGUAUCGAAGUCUUUUGCCGGAACGAUCUUUCGUUCAUGUCGAUGAUUUCGACUCCGUGGCACAUCUUGGAGCAUAUUUGCAACUUCUCGAUCAGGAUGACAACUUGUAUAACUCGUAUUUCGCAUGGCGCGGAACUGGGGAAAAUAUUGAUGAUUACAGUACUUAUUAUAAACUGUACUGGUGUCGUUUAUGCGCAAUGCUUCACAAUCCAAAUAGAAUGGAUCUAUCCAAAACUGCAUUAUAUAACACAACUAUCGAAGAAUGGUUCUAUCGAGAUUGCCAAAAUGACGGAUGGAAAAUGAAUUUCAACGGUACAAGUUGA